UGACCUUAGGAAUCAUGCAAUCCGCCCUUGGGAUCACGGUUCACGCAACCCCCCAACGUAUGGGAUCGAAAAAUAAUAAUGUUAUGCGUGGCGUGCAACCAGAUAGUUUUCGCUCGGUCUCCCAGGCGGUCACCACUACUAGGCACAAGCCCAGACGUUUGCGCUCCAACGCAGACGAAGAUCGCAGAGCACACCAUCACGUCUUGCGGAGGUUACGCACAGCACGCACAGCACGGCAGCCGUGGUUUGGAGUAGGGGAUAGGCCAGCAAUAUGAAGGCUGCAGGUGGCACGGCGUCUGCUUUGUUGGGCGCAGCCCUCGCGACGGUGGCUCUCCGAUGCUCGUGUGCCGGAGCGGCCGUCUCCACGUCGUUGCCCGCCAGCGGCGACCUCACCGCCAGCAACGUUCACCCCGCAAACGCUGCGGGGAAAGCGGUAGCAGCGCUCGCUGCUGCUGAAUCAACCUCGGUUCAUGUUGGAGCGUCAGCGAGGACACAGAAGAAGGAGCGGCAGCAGCAGCAGGGGCAGCAAGCCACCUCCGAUGCGAUAACCUUCCAGUGCACGAACGGUUACCCGCCCGCGACGACCAGCACCAAGUGGGACCACAUCGCGGAGCCCCACCGGAGCACCACCUUGACGGCCAGCUCCACCGUGGGGGACCCCGACGCUGACGUGUUCCAGUGGUCGUUCGGGGACGGAACUGUGCUGGAGGGAAGGACGGUGGAGUACACCUUCACGUCGGUCGGACUGCACGAUGUGGCCUUAAGGCAGAUCGACGUUUCUACCGGAAACGUGUACCGCAUGAGUUCCCACGUCAUGGUCAAGUACGUGCGAAGAGAGAUUCGGCAGCUGAAGGACGAGGACAGGGAGGCGUUUUUCGACGCCAUGGAGACGCUCUACCGCCUCCCCACCUCCGAGGGGAACGCGGUCUACGGCGACGAGUACAAGGGCAUCAACUUUUUCGUGCAGAUGCACCUUGACGGGGCCGGCGUGAAGGACUGCGACCACUGGCACGAUGAUGCCGGCAUCAUGACGCACCACGUGGGUUACACGUUGCAGUUCGAGCAGGCUCUGCAGGUGGUGGAUCCUUCCGUCUCCAUACCCUACUGGGAGUACACCAUCGAAUCCGCGCAAGGACUGACGGAAUACGGGGAGUCAACGAUCUUCGCGGCCGACUGGUUCGGCGAAGCCUCCCCCGACAACUCUCUGCACACCGUCGACAAAGGCCGGUGGGCCUACCUCCCGGGCGCGACCGACUACGUCCACAACCCUUACGGCCUUCUGCGGUCCCCCUGGAAUGUCGAUGGGACCCCGUUCGUCACCCGCUUCAACUUGACCAACGGCGAGGAUAAAACCUCAAUGGUGUCCUGCGAGACUUACCAAUCCUGCUUCGAUGCGACGACGCUCGCCACCAUGAACAACUGCCUGAACGGGGGCACCCACGGACCGGUGCACAUCAAAGUGGGGGGGGAGUGGAACGACCCCGAGGAGGACAUGGCGACCAAGCUAGGAUACACUAGCGCCAUCCCACUCUUGACCAAGUUCCUGUGGAGAAAGGGCUACCUCCGCACGCCCGAAAGCUGUACUGCUGAGGAGGACGGGGUUGGAGACUCUUCCACCUGCCGCGCCGGCUGCCCGGCAGAGGUGUACGAGAACUUGGGGAUGACGCCGUACGACGUGCUCAUGGACAUCUUCUCCCUGCACUGGAUAGCAAGGUUAUCUGGUGGAAUCAUCGUGUACGACGAGGCACAUGACCGUUUCGUCGUUGCGGGGCACGAAGAAGACGAGGCCUUCCAAAGCGUGAUCUGGAAAACGGUCCUUCACUCGCUCUGCGACCCCGGGCACGUCGGCGAGCUGUACACGUCCUCGGCGCCGUAUGACCCCCUCUUCUGGGUCAUCCACCCCACCGCCGAACGUUUCCUCUCUUGGAGGAGAAAGCUGGCCACCGAGAGACCCGACGUGUGGGCUCUGGACGAGACCUGGGGCUACUCUCACGGCCACGUCGUUGGGGAGACCGGUGUGGUCUGCGACUGGUCCGGGGUGGGCGAUGACUUUCUCGACAUGCCCUCGUGUGUGAGGGGCAUCUGCGGGGGGCACGGCGUUGACGACAUGCUACCCUUUGAGAUCAAGGUGAAGGGCGAAACGGUUAAGAUGACCAACCUGGAGUGGUAUCAGUUCAUCUAUCCCGACAACGACGAUCUUCCCUACAUGUACAACGAAUUUGCCUGGGAUCACUGCGCGGCCAAUGGCGACUAUAUUGGUACUCCCGAGAUGAACUAGAAGGUGUCGCGGGAACGAGUUGAGGUACCUACGGUACCACCAGGCGGUCAACAUGCGUACAGCGAGUGUGGUCUUUGAACUGCCUUCCCACGAGUAGCAUUAACCUACUAGGAGUAUGUGUUGACAGAGGCCACUUCUCCGUAGUAUGCUUUUGUGAGGUUGUCGGCCCGACGUCCUGGGCGUCGAAAACCGGGCUUGUGCUGGCCCCGCGAAAAGUCUAUGCACUGCGUGGAAAGGCCGCCAGCCCCGUGUUGGGUGCUUGUGGCGGCGGCGGUGGCGGCGUCCGCGCAAGAAUUUCGGAAGCGGGUGGCGUGCUUGCCUGCUGCUGCUGCUGGUGGUCUCUCUCUCUGACGGGGACACCGAGAAGAGAGGACAGCGAGUGGGAGAUUUGUCAAGCAGUUUCAUCGCUCGAAUGGGUCCGGUUUUCAUGCACGAAAUAGUUGUGACGUUGCGCCCGACACUGACUGGUCGGUCGCCGGCAGCAAAGGUGGUUGGGCGGGGUCCCCUGGCGGCCAGCCCUGCGCAACAAUUCCUGAUUGUGUUGGUUCCCCAGCCUGCCAUCCCCAAGUCGAUGCGACUCGCUCCGCUGCUUUUCGUGCGUGGUCUCCAGUCGAGUUGUCAACAGUUGCCGCCGAAGCGUGCCGUCGCAAAACUUGUGGCGGCUUUUGACUUCCUUUCCUUCUUUAAAUACCGCUCUUCGUCCUCUUUUGAUGCGUGGUGCACCCAAGCCAUCAGCCGCGCUGUGGCUGUCUUUCGCCAGGUGGUAGGUGCGAUGUUUUGUGUUCAUGCUCACGUUUCGCUUGCAUCUUCUUCGUUUUCUUUUGUGACUCCUUUUACCUGUACGAGAAGUUUGGCUGGUGGGAAAAGGAUCGUCCCAACUCUAGUCACGGGGUUGACAGACGCAGAGAGAGUUGCAGCAGUAACGCCCACCUGUCAGGAUCUUUUCGUGGUGGUCUGAGUGGAGAUUGUUUGUAGUUUCGCUUCUGUGUCGUCGUCCAGCUUUUUCUUGACUGUUGUUGCAUUACGAGGCUGACUGGUAGAAAGAGCACUUCUAAUUCUAAUCAGCGGUCACGGGUCUUGGAAGCGUGUUGACGUAACCGCAACGUCCACCUGCGGGGAUCCAUCUUCUGUUUGUGGUUUGGAGUUUUGACGCCUUUGGUGUGCAUGUGUGAUAUUUUUUUCCCUUAAAAUUGUUAACUUGAAUUGAAGGAAUUGGGGUUUGUUUACCAUCAAAUGUACCAAGCAUGGUUUUAUGUGUUUUUCGAUAAUUAGACUAGUUACAUUUCUUUCGUUGUAUUUUUUGGCUUGCUUCGAGCUUCUGUUUUCAGUUUUCGUUUUUUCGGGGAUAUGGGAUUGGACGGACUCCUGGAGCUGAGUUUCGUGUUAUACCAAUAGGAUGUAUAUUCCCCAAGGUUGGUUGGGUAAGGUAGGACCGAGAGGCACACCGGCGGUAUGUACCGUGCCGAGAGUCUCGGCACGCUUCGGUAAACUUUCAAUACCUUACCGAAAAUAUCGGUAUGCUUCGGCAAGCUUUCAAUACCUUACGGAAAUUCUCGUUAUACCCUUGACAAAUACCAACGGUGCCGGUACACCCGC